GAUGGCGCUAGAUAUCAGGACAAUUAAUUGCACUUCAGGAACAACUAUCGAGAUUUUAGGUUAAAGUUAUGAUUAGAUUCUGAAUUAUAUGUUCAGAUAUGCAUAUUGUUAUUAACCAACGUUUCAGCGUCCACCUAUUUCAGUUUUCUGUUAAGUAAAAUACAAGCUAAUGUAAAUGUAACAUAACGGCUAGUUAGCGCAAUAGUUGUUUUUUUUAGGGUAGUGACAUUUUUAAUUUGUUUUUAAAAUAACUCAAUGGACAGGAACGCUAGCUUUUUAAUCUAACUAUUUAUAAUUUUUGGCAAAUUCCAUACAGAAUGCAAUGAACCAAUAGAAACCAACUUUAUCUUAUUUCUACUUGAUAUUGAGAUCCACUACAAAGUUAGCUAAAAAGUUGAUCUACCUUUUAUAAUGAGUGUUACGUUAAACAUCAUAGUAGGUGGUGUCACGUGUGUUAUGGCGAUAGCUGAGAACGUAUUUUCGCUUUUGUUGCUUGUAUUUAUAGAACAAUAUGUGCCCCUGCUUGGGUGGGGAUGCAAAAGACUUUUUCUCUUUUUUUCUUUUUCUUUCUUUCUUUUUUUUUUGUAUACAACUGUAUCUGUUUGGGCCACUACAGAUUUUCUUGUACGCAAGUACAAAUUUACAAAGUUUAUGUGGAGUGACAGCAGUGGGGAGAUGGACAGCAGCUCUAUGCCUGAUCAGCUCACAGGGUGGAGCUGUCCGCCACCACACUGAGCACCCUUGAGAGACAAAUGGGAUUAAAACAUCUUGUCUCAUUAGGCUCAGCGACAGGGAGACAUACGAGCUGGAGCUCUUGUGGAACAGCAAACUAAGCUUUGUGUCGGGACAGUGAACAGUGUAUAUGCAGUAGCGGUGGCUCUCACAUGGCUGCAGGAGCCCGGAGCUGUGUGUAGACAGAGGAGAAGGUCCUCCGUCUCUUGUUAUUUCUCCUGCCGGCUUCAGUCCCGUUAGAUGACAUUCGCGCUUUAUCCCAUGUUGUUUACCGGGAACCCGAAUUUGCUGCCGAAGGAGCAAGCGAUCUCAGUAGGUUUCUUAUAAACAACACUUAAUGAUGCAGUUAUUGGCAGCUGCUUGAGAAGAGAAGGAGCUGCGGACCCCGGGAGCGCUUAUCGAUGUUAUCCUCAGCAAUACAAAUAUUGUAGUCAUUUAUCUUGGACAGAGAGGCCAAGCAAGGUGUCAGGAAUGCUCCCUGUCCUCCUGCUAGCUGGGUUGAUUCUGGCUCUGUCCAUCCCUGGCACUACGUCUGAGUCAGCCACACUGCGGUUCCUAGGGCAGACAGACUUUGUUGUCAACGAGAGCAGCACAGCUGUGGUCCGGCUGGUCGUGGAGAGAGUGGGAGACCCGGUCAAUGUGACAGCUUUGGUUCUGCUAGAGGGAGUUGACACAGGGGACUUUGAAGCCAUUAAUGCUGCAGCCUUUCUAUUGUCCACCGAGUCCAGUAAGACCAUCUUUAUUGCUGUGAAAGAUGAUGACUUGCCUGAAGCUGAUGAGACAUUUACCUUCAAUCUCGCACUACAGAGCUCCUCCAAUGGCGUGAAACUGGGAACACCAAGCAAGGCAACCAUCACCAUCCUGUCCAAUGACAACGCCUUUGGAAUCAUUGCCUUCAACUCUACUGAAGAGGUCAUAGUCGACGAACCGAGAGGAAGGAACCAUUAUGUGCCUUUCACCCUGAUUAGAGAAAAGGGAACAUAUGGGACUGUGACUGUGAACUUUGAGAUCUCUGGAGGUCCCAAUCCUGCCAUUGAGGACCUCAGUCCAGACAGAGGGAACAUCACCAUCCCUGUAGGACAGGCUGUAGUUCACUUCAAUAUUUUCAUCCAGGAUGACCAGAUCCCAGAGGAUGAUGAGGUUUUUUCGGUCAGACUAACGGGUGUGGCAGGUGGAGCACUCCUCAGGUCCAACGCCAGCAGUGUCCAGCUGAGAAUCCGGCGUAAUGACAGCCCGCUGAGGUUCUCCUACCCUAUCCUGGCAGUACCAGAGUCUGCUGGAGUCAUUGCCCUCAAUGUGACCCGCGGUCAUUUGACUGAGGAAGGGCCACUCAUCGGCUCUGUUGACACUGAGGUCUCUGUAGAUUACAUGGUGGUGAGCGGUGAAGGACUGGGCAGUGCCACACCAGCUGUGGAUUUCCUUGACCUACAGCAAGUCAGAACGAUUACAUUCCCUCCGUUUGUCUACACGACCAGCCUGCAGUUUAACAUCAACGAUGACAAAGUGCCAGAAAUCGCAGAAUCCUUCCACGUGGUCCUGCUAGAGGAGACAGUCAGAGGAGAUGCUGUGCUAGUAUCACCCAAUGCUGUGCAAGUGACCAUCGAGCCCAACGACAAGCCUCACGGCGUCCUGUCGAUCAGCAGCAGUGCAGUCAUUCAGCCAAUCAGCAUCAAUGAAGACCUGACACAGAGAUUCGAUGGCAUUAUUAUUGUAAGAAAUGGAGGCAGCUAUGGUGAUGUGUCUGCCAAUUGGACCAUCAGUAGAAACUCCAGUGACCGCUCCCCAGUGUCAGAUGACUUGAGGCCUGCGGCGGGGACAGUGAAAUUCUCUGCCGGUCAGGUGACAGCUGUGAUUCCAAUAAACAUCGUGGCAGAUGAGCUACCUGAAGAGGCAGAGGCCUUUGUUCUCAAGCUGCUGCCCGAUACUGUAACUGGAAAUGCUGAGGUUGACGAACCCAUGGAGAUGGUGUUCUACAUCCAGGAUAGUGACGAUGUCUAUGGGAUGUUUCGGUUUAACCUGGAAAAAGAGCAAAGCAUCCAGAGCCAACCUGAGGGCCGUUUCCUGUCUCUAAACUUCCUGCGGGACGGUGGCACUCUGGGUGAUGUGUCUAUGACUCUCACAGCCCUCUACAUUCCUGCAGGUCCAAUAGACCCAGCGUUGGCCCGUGACCAGGUUCUGAAUGUUAGCAGAUCCAUUAAUGUGGUGUUCUCCAAUGAGCGGGCGGUCCACCUCAUACUGCCAAUCAGGAAUGAUGCCUUUCUGCAGAACGGGGCUCAUUUCUUAAUACAGUUGAAUGCACUGGAGCUGGUAGAUAUCAAUCCCCCAAUUCCCUCAAACAGCCCAAGGUUUGGGGGACCUCUCAACCUAAACCUGACAGUCACCCCAGACAUUGCCAAUGGGGAAAUUGGUUUCACCAGUAAUACCACGGUGGUGGUUUAUGAACCAGAGGACAGCAAUACCAGCAUGGUGAACCUCCCUCUGCGGCGUGAUGGGACAGAUGGUCAGGCUGUAGUGUUCUGGAGUCUCCAUCCAAUAGGGGCCAAUCCUGAAGACGUAACAGUGAAUGAUCUGGAGCCUUUAAGUGGUUCUGUUAUCUUCCUCUCUGGGCAGAGCGAUGCCUCCAUCAAUCUCACUGUCUUGGCUGACAAUAUACCAGAAGUCAAUGAGACCUUACUGCUCACUCUGGAUAGGAGUAAUGUGGAGAAUCAGAUCCUGAAGGCUGGCUUCACUAGCAGGGAGAUUGUCAUCUUGGAGAACGAUGACCCCGGGGGAGUCUUUGAGUUCUCUCCAUUCUCCAGAGGUCCGUGGGUCAUCAAUGAGGGUGAGGCUGUGGAGCUGCAUGUGGUCAGAGCCCAGGGACAGCUGCUCAAACAGCUGGUACGAUAUGCUGUCAUGCCUUCAGGCAGCACCGAAUUCUAUGGCGCCACGGGCAUCUUGGAGUUUAAACCAGGGGAGAGAGAGGUGGUGGUGGCACUGGUGGCUAGGCCUGAUGGGGUGCCUGAGCUGGACGAAACUUUCUCUGUGGUACUUAGCAGCCACAGCACUCCACCCAGUCGCCUUGGCAACCACAAGGAGGUCAACAUCACAGUGCGGAGGAAUGACGACCCCUUUGGGGUCAUUGAGUUUGUCCAAUCAGGACUGACAAUGGCCAUCAAUGAAAGCAAAGGGAACGAGAUGCACAAAGCGAUGUACCCUGUAGUCAGGAACAGGGGUCACUUUGGAGAGGUGUCUGUUUCAUGGGUUCUGGAGCCAGCCCUGUCCGGAGACGUUAGCCCCCUCCAGGGAAACAUCACCUUCAAGGAGGGGGAGUACCUGAAAAACCUCACUCUCUUCUCCGUACCUGAUGAGAUCCCAGAGGACAUGGAGAAUUUCACCAUCGCGCUGUUAAAUGCUACAGGUGGAGCAAGAAUGGGCAACAUCCUCAAUGCCAGUUUACAGAUUAAUAAGAACGAUGAUCCCAUUUACUUUUCUGAACCUGUUGUCGCACAGCUUCGGGAAGGCAGCGUGGCCAACUUCACUGUUCUGAGGGCGGGACGUGCAGACUUCCGUGCCACAGUGAUGUAUCGUGUGGAAUACGGUGAUGCAUCGCCAGGUGACCUCACCUUGCUGAGUAAUGACACGCUGCUGGUGUAUGAUGUGGGUGAAUGGAUGAAGAACAUCUCUGUGGCCGUGGAAGAUGACAACAUACCAGAGACUGAUGAACCCUUCUAUAUUGUUCUGUACAACGCCACAGGUGAUGCUGUUGUGUAUGGAGCAGAUACAGCUACUGUGGUGAUUGAGGCCAAUGAUGAUGCCAAUGGGAUUUUCUCCCUGGAGCCAACAGAAAAAAGUGUUGAAGAGGGCAAAACCAAUAACUUCUAUGUCCUGCGUGCAAGGGGUCAUUUUGGUAAUGUUACAGUCUUCUGGCAGCUUUAUGCCAAUGACUCAAUAACUCCACUGGAUGAAAACCAGGAGUUUACCAACACAUCUGGCUCCAUUACCUUCACCACUGGGGAAGAGUCCAAGCCCAUUGUCCUGGAGGCGAUCUCAGAUAAGCUCCCAGAGUUCAAUGAGUUCUUUGUCCUUAGGCUGGUUAAUAUCUCAGGUGGUUACCCAGGGGAGGGUGGACGACUGGCUGAGACUUCUCUGAAUGCCUCGCUUGUCAUCCCUUUCAAUGACGACCCAUUCGGUGUCUUUGCCAUCGCUGACAGCAACCUGGAUCAAGAAGUAGCUGAAGAUGUACUCUCAAUGGAUGAUAUGGCUGAUGUCACUUCCUUCACCAUCCUCCGACAGCAGGGUAUUUUUGGUGAUGUGCAGGUUGCCUGGGAGAUUGUCUCUGGCCGCUUCCCAAACGGCCUUCCACUGAUGGAUGACCUGCUCCUUGUAGCUUCCUUCCCAGACGAGGUUGAGCUCAGGCCUCAUGCCAGAAGACACCACUCAGCCACAGACACAUGGUUUUUCUCUGGCCUUCCAGGAGCCUAUGGGACCAUCUCCCCUGAAGAUGGGCCCGCUGCCCUGGGCAACUUUACCUUUUCUGCAUGGCUAGUGCCUAGACCAAAUACAGAUGGCUUCGUAGUCUCCAAAGGCAUCAGGAAUGGGACCUUGUAUUAUGGAGUGAAGGUCCACACCAACGAGUCUCAUGUCACAGUGAUGCUGUACUAUACAGUGAUAGGAUCAAACAAUACCCAAGUGGCCCGGGCCAUUGCUGAGAAGUUUGUGGAGGAUAAUACAUGGUUACAUUUGAUCAUUACAGUCGAUGAUGGGAUUAUUGAGUUCUUCCUGGAUGGAAACCCCAUUCCUGGAGGGUUGAAGAGCAUCAAAGGAGAGGGAAUCACUGAUGGACCCGCUUCAGUGUUUAUUGGAUCAGAUCCUGAGGGUGAACAGCGGUACACAGGCCUUCUCCAGGAUGUUCGGUUGUACAGGACGAAACUGAACCGCAGCCACAUCCACGAGCUUCACACCCAGCCUGCUAAAACAGACAUGCGAAACAUCUCAGGUUACUUACGGUACCGGCAGGAGGAGAGGCAGAAGUCAUUUGUGGUGGAAGUCAGGGAUGAUAAUGAGGAAGAGGGAGAGGAGGUGUUCUAUCUUCAGCUGGUGGCAGUGCAUGGUGGAGCCCGCCUCCCCCUCCCCAGACCCACUGCCAUAUUACGAAUCAUGAAGAGUGACAAUGCCAAUGGACUUUUCGGAUUCACCGGUGCCUGCAUACCUGAUACCACUGAGGAGGGUUCCACCAUUUCUUGUGUGAUUGAGCGUAUGCGAGGAUCUCUGGACCACGUUUAUAUUAACUACACUGUUACCCAACUGGAUAUCUCGGACAGCGGGACGCCAGCCCAUGAGGAUUUUGUUAAUGCCACUGGAGCUGUGCUCUUUGUGCCUGGACAGCGCUCUGAGGUGCUGAACCUGUUGGUGUUGGAUGACAACCUCCCAGAGCUGGCAGAAUCCUUUCAGAUCACACUGGUGUCAGCAGAGUCCGGUGAUGGGAAGCCAGGCUCCACCCCCACCAGCGGAGCAAGCAUUGACCCCAGCAACUCUGUUAACACUGUCACUGUCACAGCCAGCGACCACCCCUAUGGCCUGCUGCAGUUUCAGCCUAGCCCUCCAGGGGAGGGGUUGAUUGCUCCGGCAUUAGAACCUGCCCACGUCACUGUUAAUGAGGAAGAUGGACAAGUCCGUCUGCCUGUGGCCAGGGCCCAAGGCCUUUUGGGAAGGGUCAUGGUAGGAUACAGGACCACGCCCUUCACAGCAUCCAGUCCUGAAGACUAUGAGGACUCAGAGGGCAUGCUGGACUUUCUUCCAGGGGAGAGGUUAAAGUUCAUUACUGUCACCAUCAUAGACAAUCCUGUCCCUGAACUGGACAAGAUUUUUAGAGUAGAGCUCUACAAUGCUGAUGGAGGAGUGGAUCAGUUUCUGCAUGGUGAAGGAAGUGGUAGUGGGGAGAGUGACUCUGACUUCCUACUUCCAUCCUAUCAACACCAUGCCAGCUUGGGAGCUGCUUCCCACAUUACAGUGACCAUCGCUGCUUCUGAUGAUGCCCACGGAGUGUUCCAGUUCAGUCCUGAUUCCCUGUCUGUUAACGGGACAGAACCUGAGGAUGGACGUAGCUCUGUGGUCCUACAGGUGGAUCGGUCCUUUGGUGACCUUUCCAAUGUAACUUUGUUCUGGGAGGCUGAUCCCAGCUCCGAGGGGGAACUCGUCAGUAGGUUUGGUAACAUCACCUUUGGUGUAGGUCAGACAUCAGAGAACAUCACCAUCAGAGUUUCCCAGGAUGAAAUCCCUGAAUUGGACAAGAGUUUCACCGUGUCCUUGGUUAACGUCUCCCACGGUCGCCUGGGUGUCCAGACUUCUGCUACUCUGACUGUGCUCGCCAAUGACGAUCCUUAUGGUGUUUUUGUAUUUUCUAAUGUCACGACGCCUGUCCGACUUCCUGAAGCAGACUCAACCGUCACCCUUACCAUCCUGCGACAGAGAGGCCUGAUGGGACAGGUGCGAGUCACGUACGUGACACUAAAAGAGGCCGAUCCGGCACCUUACAUGACCCCCGAUGUGGGCCGAGCCUCUGAGGGGCGGGACUUUGUUCCUCUCCUGGAUUCCGUCGUGUUCUUUGCCAAUCAGAGUGAAGCAAACAUCACUCUCAGAAUUCUGGAUGAUGAGGAUCCAGAAAGAGACGAGUCAGUGUUUGUGAAGUUGAUCAGUGUUCAACUCAUCAAAGGAGAGCAGGAGAGGCUCAUUUCCAGUUCCCCUUCUCUGGGCCCCAAGACAGACAUUGUAGCCCAGGUGAUAGUGGAGGCCAGUGACGAUGCUUUUGGAAUCCUUCAACUGUCAGCUUCUGCCGUCAGUGUGGCUGAGCACUAUGUUGGUCCCAUAAUAAACGUCACACGUGUAGGGGGGAUUUUUGCUGACGUAUCUGUCAAGUUCAGAGCCGUGCCUUUGACCGCCAGAGUCAGUGAGGACUACAGCGUAGCCUCCACUGAUGUGGUCCUUCUUGAGGGGGAGUCCAGUAAAUCUGUACCCAUCUAUGUCAUCAAUGACCUGAUCCCUGAGCUGGAGGAGACCUUUCUUAUUGAGCUGCUCAACCAGACCACUGGAGGAGCUCUGCUGGGAGAGCUCACACGUGCCAUUAUCACCAUACUGCCUUCUGAUGACCCUUUUGGUGCCUUUGUCUUCCAGGCUGUCCCAGUCACCAUAGAGGAACCAGGAUCUAGCUCUGUUGAGGUCAUGCUGCCUAUAGUCCGUAAUGCUGGUACUAUUGGAACAGUGGUAGUUCAAUGGCAGGCCACUGUCAAUGGUAAACUAGCUGUGGGGGACAUCCGACCCACAUCAGGAGAAGUGAGGUUUGCUCCUGGAGAGACCAUGAAGACACUCCGAGUGGAGGUCUUAGCUGAUGAUGUUCCUGAAAUCACUGAGAUAAUUAAGGUAGAGCUUACUGGUGCCAGUAAUGGGGGAAACCUUGGAGCUGACACAUCUGUUAACAUUAUAGUGCCUGCCAAUGACAACCCCUAUGGGACAGUCUUCUUUGAACAGUCUGUUUACCGCAUUCAGGAGCCAUUGGAAGGAGUGUAUAGAGCCAAUAUUAGUGUCCGCAGGAGAGGGGGUCACUUUGGUCGCUUAAAGAUCCUGUACAGCACUUCCGAGAUUGAUGUUGUUGGCUCAGCUCAGGCCGAGGGCCAGAACCUGCUUAUGUACUAUGAACCCCCAAAACCAGGCAUUCCAUCCACAGCCCCCCAUAGGACAAUAAACAUCACUGGUCAGAGAGACCCCCUGGCUGCAUGUGCUGCUGCAUGUCUGAGAGAGCAUGCCUGCCAGGCCUUCUCUCUUUCAUCAGCCGUGACCCCACCAUCCUGCACUUGGGUAACUUCAGGGGCAGACCAGCUGACCACAAAAUCCCAGGUUAUGACUUACAUAAAAAAUGUCACUGCAGCUGCAGUGCUGUUCAGUGCCCAGGCUGUGGCAGGGAGUGAUUACACCCCUGUGACAGCUCAAAGUGCCUUCAUGGAGGAUGGUUCAGGGGUCGCCAACCUCACAGUCCAAAUUUUGACUGAUAAAUUCCCUGAAAUGGCCGAGAGUUUCUCCAUAAAGAUCUUAAAGGUCGAGCUGAUGAAUCUGACGGUGGCACAGAAGAACCUGCCCUCGAUUGGCCAGCCAGACAAAGCUGUGGUGACUAUAGGGAUGAAUGGCGAUGCAUUUGGCAUAUUUUUGAUAUACAGCCUCAGCUCCAACGCCACUAACGAGGGGCUCUAUCUAGAGGUUCGAGAAGAACCUAUGGUUGUGGUGCCCCUGGUUGUAGAAAGGAGGGGAGGAAAUGUAGGGGCUGUCACUGUAGAGUGGAGGUUUGUUGGAGGGAAAGCCACACCAGAUGCUGACUUCACAGGGACUGGAGGGACUCUGGUUUUUAAUGGUGAUCUGAAGAAGACAAUAGAGAUAGUAAUCAGAGAUGAUAUUGAACCAGAGGACAACGAGAGCCUCAUGAUUGGUCUUGUCAAUACGGAGGGAGGAAGUCGAAUCCUGCCCAGCUCUGAUACUGUAACCAUAGUGAUACUGGCUAAUGAUAAUGUGGCUGGGAUAGUAGGACUCCAUCCAUCCUCACGUUCUGUCAUCGCCAGAGAGGGUGAGAAGCUGUCCUUGUUAGUUUUGAGGACAGCUCCAGGUCUGGGUAAUGUCACUGUGGACUGGACUAUACAAGGGUCCCUGGUAGACCGGACCUUCACCAAAACCUCAGGGAGGCUUUUCUUUGCUGAGGGAAAGCUGAAUGACACCAUUGACCUACAGCUUCUUGAUGAUGCCACACCAGAGGACAAAGACGAAUACAAAGUUUCCUUGUCCAACAUACAAACUUUUGGUGUUGCGGUGACCGGCCAUGCUGUCCUUGAUGUUCAGGGCAGAGAGGCAGUGCUUACUGUUGACACCAGCGAUGUACCCUAUGGGAUGCUGAGCAUUGCCCCAUCAUCCUUCAGGGUGUCCACAGAAGAACAGGACCGAACUAUUAACAUCUACAUCAACAGGGAGUUUGGAGCUUCAGGAGCUGUGAAUAUCACCUAUGAGGUUAUCAGAGGUUCUCUACAGGACUUAUCCCAGGUAGAGGGUGCUCUCGCUGACCCGGGACAAGACUUUGUCUCUGGAACUGGUUUUGUGAUCCUUCAGGAUGGACAGACUUCUGUCGCCAUUCCUGUCACCAUACUGGAGGACGACAUUCCAGAGUUGCAGGAGUUCUUCCUGGUCAACAUUACAUCAGCAGUACUCAUCACAACCCUUGCCACUGUUCCCCAACUAGACACUCAGGGUUUGGUGGCAGAGGUCAGCAUUGCUGCUAAUGAUGGAAUUAGAGGAGUCAUUGAAUGGACAAACACCAUGUUUGAAGUGAAUGAAUCGAUAGGGGUGCUGACUCUAGUGGCCUACAGGAACAAAGGGACAUAUGGAAAUGUCUCUCUUUUCUUCUACGCUCAGAACCUCGAGGCUCAGCAAGGACUGGACUACAACACCAGCGAAAUGAUGCUUCAUUUUGUUGAUGGCGAAAGGCAUAAGUUUGUAGAAGUGCAGAUCAUUGAUGACGACAUUCCAGAGGGAGCUGAAAGAUUCCAGCUGAUCAUGUCCGAGCCUUCCCCUGGGCUGGAAUUGGGCACCAAUAUUACAGCAACCGUGAAUAUCCUGGCCAGUGACGAUGGACAUGGUGUCAUCUCCUUUAACACCAGCGAGCAUUUCUUAUUGAAGGAGCCCACGUCUGUGUCGGUGCUGAGUGAAAGUGUGGCCACCCUGUACGUGGUACGAAACCCUGAGAAAGGCACAUUUGGCACCGUAACCGUUCAGUUUUCCAUCACAGAUGCCAAUGGCAGCCUAGCAGAGGGCGACCUGAUGCCAGCACAAGGGUUUGUGGUACUGGAGGAUGGAGUCAGGUUUAAGAUGCUGGAGAUCUGGGCAGUGCUGGAUGCUGAGCCUGAAGUGAAUGAAACUUUCACAGUGACCCUGUCAGACCCAACAGGAGGUGCACGGCUGGGUGACCGACUCCACACUCUUAUCACCGUCCUGGAGAACCUUGCUCCUUCUGGCUUGUUCCGCAUCAGACCCGCUCUCAACAGAACUAACACAGAAGUGGUGAUUAAUGAAGGUGGUGGAGCAGUCUUCCUCAUCGUGUCUCGCAGCAAUGGUCUGGAGUCAGCUGUCAGUGUGGAAUGGGAGACACAGUCUGUCACAGCUUUUGCCUCUGAGGGUCAUCUCCCAGUGAUGGGUGUGUACCAAAGCUUUGAGGACAACCCCACUUCUGCUUGGUGCUCCCUCCCUGAAGGGCCUGCUUUCCUUGCUAUGAGGCUGGAUAAGAGUCCCACUGUUGGAUCCUCCCACACUUUGGCCACUCUCUAUCGAUGGCAGGGUGUUUUUGUGCCAGUAGAGUCUGUCAGGAUUCAGGACCCGAGCUCUUGUAUCGGGUUUGCAGUUAAUAACUCUACUUACAUAGCCAUCACACAUAGUGGCCCUCCCUUUUCCCCUGCUGCCAACCUCAGCAUCUUUAAACUACAAAUGGACCUCGAUGUCACAUUGGCACAAACCUUAGGUGUUGAAGCUUUGGAUGUGAAACACUUUUCCACUGAAGGCAGAGAUUAUCUGAUCGCAUCAAGCCAGAUUUUUGUUUGGAGUGGAGGUUCCUUCACCCUUCUCCAGACCCUUGACUUUGAACAGGACAUCCUCAGUGUGACUCCAUUCACUCGUGCAGCUGUUCCUUACUUGGUGGUGUGCGUAGACAAACAGACUCUCAGCUGCCUCCUGCUUCAGUGGACGAGCGGAAGGUUUCUGAAUCCAGAGCCGCUCCCACUCAACGGCAGAGCCAGUCUGGUGGAGGCAAUCCACACAAGAGCAGAUGACACUCUUCUGUUGGUUGUUAUAGAGGGUCUCUCUCCAUCCUGUGAGGUGUUAUGGUGGGGUUCAGGGCAGCGUUUACCUCAGCUGUAUCAAUCCAUUCCUCACCCAGGCCUCACCUCUAUUCAUCCCUUUACUGCUCCUUCUGGAGUCACUUAUGUCCUGCUAGCUGGUAGGAAUAGCUCAUCGCUCUACUCUUGGAGGUCUGAUGUCAACCUGUUCACCAUGAUGCUGAGGGCCCCUCCAGCCAUUAGCUUCCUCUCUCUCAUGGUCCCGUCCCUCAACACCACCAAGAUCCUCUUGGCUUCCACUGAGGAGAACAGUUCCACAGUUUAUGAAUUCACUUCUGUCUCCAAUCAAUCUGAUUUCAUACCCAGUUAUGGCGAGUUGCACUUUUUACCAGGCGAUAGUGAACUGCAGAUAGCAGUGAAUGUCAUAGAUGAUGACAUCCCUGAGAAGCAGGAGAGCUUUCAGGUUAGCCUGAAGAAUCCAAAGGGUGGGGCUGAGAUUGGAUUUGGUGGUCAAGUGACUGUCAUUGUCCCGACCAACGAUGAUGCCCAUGGAGUCAUUGGCUUUGCUCAGAAUUCUCUAUCUAUGGAAGUGGAGGAACUGGAACAAAAUAAUCAAAUUUCUCUGAGUGUCCAGAGGAGAAGAGGGACUUUUGGCAGACUGACUGUUCAUUGGACUGCAAAUGGCAGUCUGGCAGACAUUUACCCCACUUCAGGAGUGGUAACGUUUUCAGAGGGCCAAUCGGUAGCGAUCAUCUCACUGACUGUGAUAGCAGAUGGUGUGCCAGAACUGAGAGAGAGUGUCACUAUCACCCUCAUGGAUGUCACCACUGUGGGGCUUCAGGACCUACAGCAGGCUGCAGUCGUUGACAAGCAGCGGGCACAAGCUCUACUCACCAUCCUACCAAAUGGUUCUCCCUACGGGGUGAUUGGAUGGCAUCUGGACUCACAGUUUACACUAACACAAGAACCACAGAGGGUUCCAGUCAAUGUGACCCUGUCCAUAGUGAGGGAGCAGGGCUCCUCAGGUGAGGUGGCAAUCCAUUACCAGACCAGACCAGCCCUAUACCAGCCCCCAUCCAACCAGGCCACCGCAGGACGGGACUACACCACCAAAGACGACACCAUCAUCAUGAUUGAUGGUGCUACUGUGGCCCUUGUUACUAUCACAGUCCUACCGGAUGACAUCCCAGAGCUGGCAGAGAGUUUCCUGGUAAAUAUCACCAGUGUGGAGCUAGUUAGAGGGUCAGUUGGAGCAGGCCAGCCCAGUGUAAAGAGACCUGGUAUGGAAGUGGCGGAAGUAACCAUCCAGGAGAACGAUGACCCUCGAGGGAUUCUGCAGUUUAAUGUGUCUGAGGAUUUCCCUGGAAGCAUGCUGGCCUAUGAGAUACCACCACCAGACAACAUCCUCCAUCUGUCAGUAGUGCGACUUGCUGGUACAACUGGAAGACUGGUCAUCUACUGGGAGGCUCAGCCCCUCACUGCUGAUUUGAAUGAUUUCAGCCCUACAUCUGGGAACAUCACCUUUCAAGAUGAGCAGACUGAAGCCAUUAUUGCCAUCACCAUCUUGGACGAUGAACAAGUAGAGACUUCGGAAACCUUCAGAGUAAAUUUACUGCGUGUGAUUGGUGGUGCUCGACUCGGAGAGGUGACUUCUGUAACUAUCAGCAUUCCACCUAAUGACUCACCUCUCGGACGAUUUGGAUUUCGGGAACUGGAGGUUACUGUCAGUGAGCCAGAUUUUGUGGAUGAUCCUGCUGCUGUGGCGACACUAGCAGUGCUGCGUAGUGAAGGAGGAGAGGGGGUGGUGACACUUGUGUGGCAGCUGGAAGGCCAGGCUAAAGAUGACCUCGAACCUUUCAAUGGAACACUUGUCUUCACUGAGACUGAGUCAAUAAAGACGUUUGUGAUAAGAGCCCUCUCUGACACUGUGCUGGAAGGAGAUGAGCACUUCACUGUCCAACUGUUUCCUGCUGAGAGUGGCACUGUCAUUGACCCCCUAAAUGGCUUGGCCACCAUCACUAUCAGGGCAGACAAGGCUGCCCUGGGGAUUAUUGGAAUAGCAGAGUCAUCCAGGAACAUCAUCAUUGGAGAACCUCAGGGAGAUUACAAUGGCAGUGCUGUGGUCAGCCUUGUGCGAGGGCCAGGUGUUUUUGGGGAGGUCCAGGUUUACUGGAAUAUCACCCCAGCUGUGGUUUCGGAGUUCAAAGAGAUCUCUGGCAUUGUGAUUAUGAGAGACAGACAGUCUGUUGCCACCAUCAUUCUGAAGGCCCUGGAUGAUGAUUUCCCUGAGGAACGACGUGAGUACAGGCUUACACUCAUGUCUGCCACCCCAGGACUAGAAAUCAGUCCCGUAGCGCAGCAUGCCAGAGUUAUUAUGGCAGCCAGCGACAACCCCCAUGGCCUGUUCUCCUUCACCCAGCACCAGAUCAGGGCGACUGAGGAGGAGGGAAUGGUGAAUGUGACAGUUAAUCGCUCUUUAGGCAGUCAGGGUAGUGUGCGGGUCACCUAUCAGACCUCCAGCGACACAGCAGUCAGCGGAGUUGACUUCACUCCAGCUUCAGGAAGACUACUUUUCACCCCAGGCCAGAACUCACAACAAAUCUCACUGCGUAUCUAUGAUGACAGUCUUCCAGAGGGGCCUGAGGUGUUCUUCCUCAACAUCACCGCGGUGGAGCUAGUCAAUGUCAGUGCUGUGGACUACGCAGUGAGAGAGUCAGGUCUCCAGCUGGACCAGCCUCCAGCUAUAGGCAACAUCUCUUCUCUUACUGUGGUCAUACAGACAAAUGACAACGCUGAGGGUAUCCUGGAGUUUAGGCAGGACUACAUCAGCACUAAAGUUGAGGAGGAUGCGGGCACUUUAUUGAUCCCAGUGGUGAGGAGAGUGGGUUCAUAUGGACAGGUCUCAGCUCAGUUCAUUUCAAAAGGCCUGAGUGCAACUCCUGACCUCGACUACAUCCUAAAUAAUGGCUCAGUUGUGUUCAACCAUGGCCAGAAUACCAGCUACAUUAAUGUUACUAUCAUAGAUGACCAGGACAGUGAAUAUGCUGAGAUAUUUGAAGUCCUGCUGGUUGGAGCUACAGGGGGAGCAGUCCUAGGCUCUCAAAAUGUUGCCAGGGUCACCAUCACCAAAAAUGACUCUCCAAACGGGGUGUUGCGUUUCCUCAACGAGAGCCUAAUCACCUUGGUCAACCCAAACUCCACUCUAAAGCUCAACCUUGUCUUGGAGAGAGCAGGCGGUCUAGUGGGCGAUGCAACGGUUUCCUGGAUCAUCCUUGGCCCUAACAGCAGAAAGGUCCUUCCUCCAUUCAAUACAGACAUUAGAGAGCCUGUGAACGGGUCCUUCUUCUUCAGGGAUGGAGAGGAAGGUACACGUACCAUAGAGCUGCUUAUUCUCCCCCAUGGUGAAGUGGAGGUGGAGGAGACAUUUGUUGUAGAGCUCAACAUCCUGUCUGGGGACAUGGAUAUAGAUCCUCAGGCUGGCUCUGUAACACUGAAGAUUGAGAAGUUUGGUGACCCAAAUGGUAUAGUCCAGUUUACUGAGAAUGCUCUUCGAGAACGUGUCUACAAUGAAUCCACAGAAGCAGAGGGCCCAUUCAACGUUUCCCUAUAUAUUACACGCAGAGAGGGUGUCAUGGGUAACAUCACGGUCCACUGGCAGAUACAGAGUGACUCUGAUAUGGCAGGUGACUUCCUAGCCUUAUCUGGCUCAGUGAUGAUCCUGGAGGGCCAAAGGGAAGCAGAAAUUGUUCUGAGCCUGAUGCCCGAUACAGUACCAGAGCUGGAGGAGCUCUACACUGUCCAGCUCACAUCUGUGGAGGGUGGUGCCACCCUAGAUGCCAACCCAAACCUCAUCAGCACCCGCAUUAGGGUGCGAGCUAAUGAUGAGCCCCAUGGCGUGUUUUCCCUGAACCCUGAGCAACAGUCUAUAGUGGUAGUGGGGUCAGGGUCAGAGGUCAGCAGAGUUCUUGUUAUGAACGUGACACGGCUCGCAGGGCGGUUUGGCAAUGCUAGUGUGGGCUAUAGGAUCAGUGGAGUGAUAGAUGAAGUGAUGGACAUUGAGGAGAUACUGGGAGGACGAGCUGAGGGGAGGCUGUUGUUGAGAGAAGGAGAGGCCUUCAUCACUGUCACUUUGCCCAUCAGCAGCCAGGUGUUUUUGGCAGUGGGUGAGAGCUUCAUAGCAGAGCUGACUGAUGUUAAACUAGUCGGUCCUAUUCUCGGCUCUCCGCCUCAUCUCCUUUAUGAGGCCAGCAUUGCUACGGUGACUGUGCCUGAAGAGGCUGCCAGCUCAGAGGUUGGUUUUGCCUCCCUGGCUCUGCAGGUUUCAAGUGUAGAAACUGGGAAAUGUGAAGCAAAAGUGACGCGAGCAGGGCUGUUUGGAGACAUCAGGGUGCAGUGGAGAGCAGGGUAUCCUUCAGGACAGGCUCCUCCUGGCUUCAGACUUGGAGCUAUCCUGCCAAGUUCAGGCUCACUAAACCUGGCCCAUGGAGAGAAGACUAAAGCCAUAUCUCUGACAGCUAUUGAUGACGCACUUGAGCCGGCUACCUAUGCUAUACACCUUACUGCUGCCACCUCCAGCACUGUUGCAACCAGAAGUGUCAAGCUCAGGUCAGGAUAUACUGUGGCAGAAGUGGAGCCGCUGGGAAUCUACCAGUUUGCUCCUGAAUCCCGGCAGCUGGUUAUCGCAGAAGACAUCCAGACUAUAACACUUUAUGUUCAGAGACUCUACGGUUCUCGUAGCAACAGCACCCGCCUGUCCUAUUCAACAAUAGCAGGCAGCGCAGCAGCAGGAGAGGACUUUAUUGCAGUGCCAGACGGCCGCUUGGUCUUUGACUCCCCUCGCCAAACCAACUCUUCUCUCCGCCUUUCAAUACUUGACGACUCCCUUUCAGAGCCUGAUGAAUACUUUCAAAUCAACCUAACAGAUGUUCAAGUCCUUACUCAAGUCUCAGCAUUGGCAAAUACUUCUCCUCGUCUCAACCCUCAGCACAGUUUGGCCACUGUCACCAUCCUGGCUAGUGAUGUGACUGGCGGUGUGCUAAGUAUUGGCCCUGGACUGGUCCAAGUACCAGAGGACAGGGAUGAGGAGACCCAGCUGGAGCAGAAGGUGGUUCUAAGGGUGCGCAGGUCUAACGGUGUGGCAGGGCCUGUGAGAGUCCGGGUACAAGCAUAUGGAGAUGGAAGCACAACACCUCUCCCCUUCGCUGUGGAGCCUGUUGAGACCUUAGCAAAGGAGAAUCAGGACUUCCACUUGGAGUCCACUAUAGUGUCCCUGCAGGCUGGUCAAAAUGAAGCCGAGGUUAUUCUCCUCAUCCUGGAUGACUCUGAGCCUGAGGGACAGGAAGUAUUCUUCAUCUACCUCAGUGAUCCCGAGGGAGGGGCGCAGAUCACAGACAGUCCAGACCAGGGCUUUGGGGCUUUUGCCAAGAUCACCAUCCUUGGGAGCGACUUCCACAAUGGUAUUGUGGGCUUCAGUCUUAAUUCUCUGAUGGGCCAAGUUCUGGAUGAGGAUUCAGAGAACAGAACCACUCGUCUCUACCUGCAGAGACAGGAAAACAGAGCCUUUGAGGAUGUGCAGGUCUUCUGGAGAGCUACCUUCAACAAGACAACUUUAACUCUUGUCAAUAAUGGAGUCAACCUAACCAAACAGCUGGUGCAAACCUCAGGAACUGUGCUGUGUAGGAGAGGAGAGAUAAUCUGUGCUCUCACUGUGGAGGUCCAGGAUGAUGAGGAACCAGAGUACCAGGCGUGGUUCUUAGUGGAGAUUUAUCAGGUGGGUGCAGGCGCCACCAUUAAUGCAACAACCCGUUUUGCCAACAUCACCUUGGUUGAGAGUGACAAUCCACUAGGCAUCGUGUACUUUGCUGUGGGCCACAGACUGCCCAUCGCCACCCUGAUGACCACAAGGCUCAGUCUCCAGGUCUACAGACAAGCAAUCACAACUUCCACCAUGUCUGUACAAUAUCGCACACUGGAACUCCCCAGGGAUGAGAUGGUGGGAAGCUCUAUAAUCCGGCCUGCUAAAGCAGGGAUGGAUUUUCCUAAACAGGAGGGUAGGCUAACCUUUGAUGCGGGCCACCAUAACACAUCUUUGGAAAUUUACCUGACACCUGACCUUGCUUCGUCCUUGCCCACACCGAAGCGCUUCCAAGUUGAGCUCUACAAUGCUACAGGAGGCGCCAGAGUGCACCCUGAGUAUGGGAUCGCCAAUGUGACUCUAGUGUCAAAUGCAGCAAGUGAAGCUGUGUGGGUCUUACUGGACCAAUUACACCAGCCUCUUGACACAACUAUAUUGAACCAGGUGCUGCAAAGUCUGAUCAAUAAGGUCACUACACCUCUCACGCGUGAGCAGAUGGCUGCUGUGCUUGAAGCUGUGGGAAAGGUGCUUGCAGUGGCAGAGAGGACUCCUUUACAGGAAAGCAGCCGGAAUUUGACCUAUGACCUGCUGUGUGCAUUGGCCAAUCCCAGCAGAGUUGACACACGGGGCCUUAGCCACCUUGCUGAGGUGGCUGAGCGAUUUGCGUUCUCCCUCCUCACACACAGCCAAUGUGAAAUAGGGGGAACCAUCCUGGACAAAUGUCCAUAUAUGUCCAUCUCUGCCUUCCAAUGGUACCCCACACAGAUCAAUGGACACAAAUUCAGGGGCCGUAAUGCAGACUUCUUCCAGCUCCCAGAUACCUUGCUGGCAGUGCCAGCAGCCUUGACUCCCAACUGUGGCAACCUCAGUCGGAUUCAGCUGACCGAGUUUAGAACUGAACACUGGUUUCUCACCAAUGAUACAACCACUGCUCUCAAUGGGAAGGUAUUCUCAGCAAGCCUCCAGGACAGAGGGUCACGACCCCUAGGAGACGGUAAUGAGGUGGUAUAUCGUAUCCACACACCUGGUCAGCGAGUUAAACCUGGCCGGUCUCUGUGCCUUCUCUGGAACCAGACCACUGCAAGCUGGUCAUCAGAUGGUCAAUACUGCAGGGUUGUGAAAGAGAGUGGGAACUAUGUGGAAUGUGCCUGCUCCCACUUGUCUAUCUACACGGCCUACGCAGAGUUUACAACUCUUGCAUCUUACAACGAGGCCUUCUAUGCUUCCGGAUUUAUCUGCAUCUCAGGCUUUGCAUUGGCCAUUAUAUCCCACGUGCUGUGCUCCCGUUUCCCCAUGUUUGCUGCCAAACUUCUCACUCACAUGAUGGUGAGCUGCCUUGGAACCCAGAUCUGUUUCCUGGUGUCAGCUUUCCGUGGUCGAAUGUUUUCAGAGGACAGCUGUGCUGCUCUGGCGCUCUUCUCUCACUAUUUCCACCUCAGUCAAUUCUUUUGGAUGCUUAUACAGGCGGUGAACUUCUGGCAAGUGCUGGUGAUGAAUGACGAGCAUACAGAGCGUCGAUACCUGCUGUACUUCCUGUUGGGCUGGGGGCUUCCUGCUCUAGUCAUCAUCAUCCUGGUUAUCGUCUUACUUGGAGGCUUCGGAUGGACCAUACACACUGUUUAUGGACUGGUGCAAGGGGAUGUGUGCUUUAUCCCGAACAUCUACGCAGCACUGUGCACAGCAGUGCUGGUGCCUCUCAUCUGUCUGGUUGCAGUGCUGGUGGUAUUCAUCCACGCCUACCAGGUCACUCAGCAGUGGAAGGCCUAUGAUGACAUUUAUCGUGGACGCACUAACAGCACAGAGGUGCCGCUGGUCCUCUACCUGUUCCUGCUCAUCUCUCUGGUCUGGCUGUGGGCAGGACUCCAUAUGGGCUACAGGUACCUGUGGAUGCUCAUCCUCUACGUCAUCUUUAACUGCCUGCUGGGCUUGUAUGUGUUCGCAGUGUACUUUGUCAUGCACAACCAGCUGUGUUGGCCGACUAAAGCCAGUUACACAGUGGAGAUGAGCGGCCAUGACAGUCCAGACUCUACUUACCAGGGAGGGGGACCCACCACUGUUGGGGGUGACAUCAGUAAAUCAACUCAGAACCUCAUCAGCGCCAUGGAGGAGGUGUCAGCAGACUGGGAGCGAGCGUCGCUGCGGCCCAGCAGUCAGCCCAGCAGUGUGUUUAAGCCCAGUCCUGUGAUGGGGACAUACACCACCGAGGGAGGCUUCAUCAACACCAACCUGGUCACUGCAGACGAGGAGUCGCAGGAGUUUGACGACCUCAUAUUUGCCUUAAAAACUGGGACCGGCCUUAAUGUCAGCGAUAACGAGUCCAUCCCUGGAAGCCACGACGGAGGGAGCGUAACCAACUCCCAAAUCGUUGAGCUGAGACGAAUCCCCAUCGCCGACACACACCUCUAACCUUUUCCUCUCACACAGAUCCCAUGUCCUCUACUCUUCAUAUCAGACAGAGAAAUUACAACACAGUAUUUUUAUAUUAUAAAAUGCUUUUGCACUAAAACAGUUUUUUGAAUAGAACAUUUUCAUAUAGAUGUUUGAUAUGAAACCUUGUGAUUUUUACUGUACAUCUGUUUUUUAUAUAUAUGUAUGAACCUAUACAUAAAUGUUUUACUAAAUUAAUUUUUUUAAAGUCCUUGAUGGAAUUGUUUUCUGAAUGUAUAUUUGGAUCUUUUUUUUUCUGUAGAGACCUAGCAAAUGAGAUAGCCGGAUGUGCCCACAGCACAACUACUGCUGCUAGGGAUGGAAA